UGUAGCGCAGAGGCCCUCCUCUGUGUUAAUGGACGGUGGCGAGGCUAUCCAGUUGCUCCUGGCUCAUUGACUUACGUGCUCAUACAAAUCUAACCUGCGUGAAUAAAAUGACACCGGGCCACCUGGAUGACAAAGCCACUCAUUCCCGCUCCGAACUCCACAGCCGUCAGGAUCUCCGUCUCGGUCCGGAGCGGCGAGGACGCAGGUGGGAUCGCUCAGCCAAAGCAGCGCCGCUGUGACCAGCCUGAGAGCACGAGAGCGAGCCGGUGGGUGGCAGAGCGACUGAGGGCGGCCCGAAAUCUGCCUCCACCCGAGCAAGAUCCGAGUACAGCUCUGAUUCUCCGUCACUAUGGUGAUGGAAGGGGUGACAGAAGAAGUAGAAGGACGGCGGUUGCCCCUCUGGUUGACGUUUUGCCCCUGAUACCAGAAGAGAGUCUGCAGAAUCCAGUGCAGAGGAAGCUGCACUACAGGAUGAACGACGGCUCCUCGUUCAUCUACUACCCGUCCGGCUGCGUGGCGGUGUGCCAGAGUCGCUCCGGUCUGCCUCUCGGAGGUUUCUGCACCAACGUGUUCAGCGACGGCCAGCGUCCCGCCGUUCUCCUGACCAUCACGGCGUCUGGACACGGGGCGGUCACAGACGCCGUCAGCUCCACCAUCUCGGCCGUGUGGGAUCAGGACGGAGGAUUCCGCUUCGACCAUUUCGGAAACACAACGGAGGAGUGGAGCUGGCCGACAUAUCGCCCACCGAGGAGACAUAUUAUGAUGCGGGUCUCUGAGGAAAUCUCAGUGAAGCUGUUCAGUGGGAAGUCGGGUGUGCUCAGCUUCCGAUGCGAAGACGAGCGUGUUCACCUCCCCCUCCGUUUCAUCACCAACAAAGGCCAGACGGAGAAAAUGGCGAGAUCAGAGCUCUCCUGUAGUUACUAA